AAUGGCGGCAAAUAAUGACAGAAUAAAUUCAAUCUAAGUUGAAAACAUUUUACAAAGUUUAAAUUAUAAUGAGUCAUAGAUACACUCAAUAGUCUCUUAAAUCGAAUCUGAAAUAGGUGAGAUGAUUAACUAUAUAGACAUUAAUUAGUUCCAAUAAUUGUUACAACCUGUUGAAUAAGAAAUUCCAAUUGAUAAAUUAACAUCUGAGUAAAUUUAUGUAAUUCAAGGAGAGUUUAAAUAAGCUUUGCAUUUAUAGCAUAUUGAAAAAGUAAAGCAUAUCUUAAGUAUGCAAUAACUUAUUUAAUCGUAGAUAAAUAUUAAAAAGAAGUAGAUUUAGUAAACAGAAUAGAUCCAUAAACAAGAUAAAUAUCUACAUUUAUAGCAAUUUAAGGUUCAGAUGAAGAGGUUUCAUUACAGUUACUAAAAUUAUUAUGUGAACUGGGUGCAAAUGUUAAUUUUAGAGACAAUCUCAAAUAAUCUAUCUUAUUUUAUGUUUGUAGAGAUGGUAAAACUAAACUGUUUGAUUAUUUAAUCACCUAAGGUAUAAAUAUAUCUGAUCCUGAUUCUUAUGGAUAAACCCCUUUAUUCUAUGCAUCAAGAGAAAAUAGGGUUGAUAUAAUUUAAAAGUAAAUAUAUAAGAAUUAACCUUUUUAGAUUUAUAAGAUUGGGUGCUGAUGUAGCUCAUUUAGAUACAUUAUCUUGUUAAACGGCUUUAUUUUAUGCAGCAAGUAAAGGACAUUUUGAAGCUUGUAAAUUAUUGAUAGAAGUAAGUUUAUCAUAAUAUAUUUAGGCUGGUUGUCCAGUUAAUCAUUUAGAUAAUAAAAAAAAAACAGCUCUUUAUUUUGCAAAGUAAUCUUAGAAAAAAGAAGUUAUUGAUUUAAUUACAGCAAGUAUGUCUAAAUAAAAGGAAGAUGUUCACUAAAAAAAAGAAGAGGUUGUCAAAGUAACUGAAUAAUAAAAACAAAUAAAAAAAAAAUAAAAAGAUGUACCAAAAUAAUAAUACAAAAUUUUACAUACUGAUGAUAAAGGAUAAUAAAGAGAAUUAACUAAUGAAGAUUUUUCAAGGUUUUAAAGAUAAUAUCCAGAAAUUGCUUAAUUGAUUUUAAAUGCUGAUGAUAUUAUUGAUGAUAAUAUGAUUAAUUAAUGUAAAGAAGAUGAAACUUGGGAAAAAAUAGCCAAAAAAUUAAUUGGUAUGUAUUAUAUUAAAUAAUUAGCUUAAAUAUGGAAAUCAAAAGGCGCAUACUUCUUCCAUAAACCAGUUGAUUAAAAAGAAUAUCAUAUUAAUGAUUAUUUCGAAAUUGUUAAAAGACCUAUGGAUUUUGGAACAAUCAAAGUAAUAAUCAACUUAUAUUAUAAAUCAGAAUAAAUUGAAUGUAAGUGCUUACAAAUCUUGCAGAGAAUUUCAUGCAGACAUGUUAUUAGUCUUUGAUAAUUGUGCACUCUAUAAUGGUACAUAAAGUGCUAUUGGAUAAAUUGGAGUCAAUAUAAGAAAUGAAUACUUGAGCCUUAAAGAUUAAUUUGGAUUAAGCAAAUAUUUGUGA